AUGGCUCCCAAAUCCGAUAGCACCGACGCUAUCGUUCUCAGAUACUUGAAUGAGGGAAACAAACAGAAGACACUAGGCACAGUAUGUGCUCUCCCUAAUGCUCAUGUAAACUUGUCUCUCUUUAUCCAGCAAAAUAGGCCACUGAAUUCUCAAAAUGUGGCGGAUGCAUUGCAAAAAUACAACCUCAAAAAGGCAGCCAUACAAAAAGCUCUGGAUACUCUUGCUGAUAAUGCGAAGAUUUCAUUCAAGGAGUAUGGUAAGCAGAAGGUAUACCUUGCUCGGCAAGACCAAUUCGACAUUCCAAACAGUGAGGAGCUCAGCCGGAUGAAGCAAGAAAAUGAAAAACUGCAAGAACAGUUGGGUGAACAAAAGAGAUCGAUUAGCGAGGUUGAGGGAGAAAUUAAAGCUUUGCAGUCAAAUUUGACCCUGGAACAAAUAAGGGAGAAAGAAGCCAAACUGACAAAUGAGGUUAAUGAAAUGGAGGACAGAUUGGAAAAAUUGCGUGGAGGAGUUACCUUGGUCAAGCCAGAAGACCGCAAGGCAGUUGAGCAAAUAGUCUAUGAGAAAAUAAGUCAAUGGAGAAAGCGCAAAAGGAUGUUCAAAGAUCUGUGGGAUUCUAUUACUGAGAAUUCACCUAAAGAUGUCAAGGAAUUUAAGGAGGAGAUCGGGCUUGAAUAUGAUGAAGAUGUUGGUGUGAGUUUGCAGUCAUAUAGUGACCUGCUACAACGUGGCAAGAAGCGAUCAUCUGGUGACCUGCAACAACAGUGUGCAAAGCGGCCUCCACUCCAGUGA